GAUAACAUAUGACUUGUGUAAGUUUACAAUAAAACGUUUAGAAAAACUUCCUCAUUCUCAAAACUUAAAGAAUAAUAAAGACACGCACUGUAUAGUUGAGCAAGAGGACAUCCAUCAAUUCAACGUAAUAUUACUUACAAUGGAAUUGACUGCUUUUAUAGCUACAUGUAUACUUCAAUUUUUCAUCGGUUUCAAAAUAGUUGAAGGUCAAUGUGACAGCAAAGGUACAUGUGUCUGUCACUGUAUAAACUGUAUUUCUGGAUGCAUCACCUGUUUACCCGGAUGGAGCGGAUCUACAACAAACUACUGUCAAAAAUCAAAUACGUUUUAUCAAUUAAAUGCAAUGGAUAAACUUCUUGAUGGUGAUUUAAAUACUUACGAAAUGGCUAAAGGUCAAGAUCCAUUUGUUCGAGUUCAAUAUAACUAUUCCACAGAAAUUGAUCAACUAGACAUUACUGCUGUUCUUGAAAAUGGUAUAAACUACACAGUAUUUGUUAAGCAACUGCCAUAUACACGUGAUGAGCUGGAUAUUUGCAGCAAAUUUAGAUACAACAGUAGAAGUAUUAAGAAAACUGUUACAGUCACAUGUAACCGACCACAACAAGGGAAAUACAUUGAAAUUGUUGCCUCAAGUUCCACAGAAACAACUCUAAAAGUGUUUGAAAUUGAGCGGUUUGAAUGCGCAAAUGGUACUUACGGUGGAAACUGUAGCAAACUUUGCUCGGACGGCUGUAACAAACAAUGUGAUAAAAAUACGGGCGACUGUAUUUGUAAAGGCGGUCGCUGGGGAAACCUUUGUAAUGGGACAUGUCCUUCGUUUUGUGAUAAAAACACGUGCAAUUCUAAUACAGGUGAUUGUUUCAGUUGUAUUUCUGGAUAUUAUGGAGUGAGAUGUGACAAGAAAUGUUCUUCAGGAUGUCAAGAUUCUUGUAACAUGACAUCGGGAUUCUGCAUAAGCAAACCGGGGUUCUAUUCAACCAACUGCUCAUUGCAGUGUCCAACAACGUGUUUAAAUGAGUUCUCUAAUUUACUGAGUCGCUGGACCGAGCAGACGUGUUUUUCACAAAGCAUUUUUUGAAGUUUCAGUGACAAAGCUCCAGAUGCGGAGCCCCGCCGGCCUUUGGCUGGUCGCGUGGCUGACCGCCGCUGUUCUGUCCUCCGCCCUCGGCCAGACUUGUCAGAGGUCGACGCUUCCUUGGCGAACAGCCGACGGAACCGACCCUGUGAAAAUGGCGCGAGGAAACGUGACGGUGGUGGCGCUGCUGUUGGCCAGCUGACCUAUGUGUCAGCAGCAGGCAGAAGGUUUGGAAAAACUGAUGACAUCGUAUCAAAAUAUAGGUAAAAGGGACAUCUCAUUUUUCAUUGUCAACCAUGCGAGAGGAGAAGAUUCUGUUAACGAACUGACUAAGCCAGUGUCAUUUCCGGUCUACCAAGAUGACAACACUUCGAUGAUACAACAGACACUCAACGCUAGCAUAGACGACCUAUUCCUUUAUGACAGAUGCGGCACACUUGUAUAUCACUUGAGAAAACCUGAAAGUCUCGUGUCUCAUGGAACCAUGCAAACCAACUUGCUGACUACCUACUUAAGGAACCCUUGCAAAUGUACUGAAAAAUUCAAAUCAAAGGUUUCAACCAAGCCAACUCUAUAUCAACUCCAAAGGCAGGCGGUCAGUUCGCUAUCUUCCAUCAUUCGUCGACGCAGGCAUGUAUUAAACCACUUUGGUACAUCGUUGGUGUCAACAAACAAUGUUCCUUCUCGCAACGAUCGUCCUUCAGAUUGACCGAACAGCAGAUGACGCAGGCAUGUAUUAAACCACUUUGGUACAUCGUUGCGCGUUCCUUCAGACAAUGUUCCUCAAGAAUGACCGAAUAGCAGAUGACGCAGGCAUUAGUCUAAAAUAGUUGGUACACAGAAUAGCGUUCCUUCAGACAAUGUUCCUCCUCUAGAAUGACAGAAUAGCAGAUGACGCAGGCAUGUAUCACGUAUAUUUGGUUCAUCGUUGAUAUUCAUGAACAACAUGUCUUUUCGGAACGGUCGCGUUGCAAACUAAACGGCCUGCGGAUGCAUUGCCCUACGUCAAAUUGAGUAAUUUUCUGACCAUGUCAAAAGCGCUUUUUUGUCUCUUAGAGAGUGGUUCACUGCCUUAAAAAAAUGAAGCAAUUACCAGUACCAGUACGAGACAUUUUAAGACAGUUACAAGUAAAUCCCGGGGAAACGAACUCGCGGACCUGACAGUGAUAUUAGGAUUAUGGUGACUGACAAUGACAGCAGUUCAUCAACACGUUACAGUGACCCCAUUCGUUGAUUCAUAUUUCAGCUCCUGUUGUCCCAUUGCGUUGACUGGCCACUGACAAUAUGACCUAUUCAAACAGACAGAACGCGUAACUGACAAUGAUAGGGCGAUCAUGUGUUAAUCCCGAUAAACAGCGUAGAAUCAUUACAAUGUCAAAAGGUCUUGACAGUGGCAGACCCAGUUCUCGUGAUGCUCUGUGUGACAGGAAAGAGCCAGUCACGCCUUUAAGUACUGUCUUUGACAACCGACAGUGACAAUAUUAGAAAGCAAGAUCGAACUCGUUAAAUCGUCUCUACUGGUAUCUACGCUUCAUGAUCGAGAGGCAAUGAUAAUGUAAAGUCUGCCCGAAUGUUGACGAAGGCAAUACAUGUAAUUUUUUUUAACUGAAAAGUGUAAUGAGUCUUUACUCCCAUGUUGUAUAGAGCAUCUGUAAUCAGUGCCAUGAAGAUCAUUCCGUUUCGUCCUCUGUCAAUGACGAUUUCUAGAUAAAACCCAACAGGUCUCCGGGGGUCUGAUCCAAUCAGAGGACGGCGGGAUAUGUGAAAUCUUUCUGAUGACAUUGAAUUUCGAGAUACUUUAUACAAUACAUUUUAUAUACUUCAUCCCAGUGCCAUUUCCUGAGGCCUGUUAGAAAAAGGUUUUUAAGUUAUCAAUUUAAAAAAAUCAAAAAGAAUUUUAAACUACCUUUCACCUAAUUUUAAUUUCUGUUAUUAACUCCUCUUUAUUUGUUUUAAGUAGAAUCUAUCUCCUGUCAUCAUAUUUUCAGUGUAAAAGUUGUAAUAGUUUUAUGCUUGAAUGUUUUUAUCAAUGAGAAAAAAUCAUAUCUAUUUGGAUCCUGCUGUAUCUGACCAUGAAAUUUCACCCCGAAACUUUAAAAAGAGGGGUGAUUUUGAACAAUUAAGAUAAAUAAGCAGUAUCCACAUAGCUACGUUUUUUCUCUGUAUGAUCAGUGUACUAGUACAUAUAUUUCUUUCCAACGCCAAAAAUGUUGUAUACUUGAAAAAUAAAGAUAAAAACUAACAA